CUUAGCUUUUCUCAUAAUGAGGUCACCCUUAAACAUAUUAUUAUUUAAGGGAGUUCCGGUCCAUUUAAGACCUCAGGGUCCAGUUCAAGUGUUAAGGCAGACACCCCUUAACCCUCAGGGGCAUCCUGCACCUCCUGGACACCCUGUUCAGGGGCAACUACCUCCUGCUGUCAUGAGACAGGGAGUUAUUCAACAAACAUUUCCCCAGAGAUAUCCUUCAGGGCCUAUGGGAGUCAGAUCUAUACCAGGAAAUGACUGGCGGGGUCCUGGACACCCACAGAUGCAGGGGAGAAUGGUUCGACCUGUCGGUCAGUUUCCUCUAGCUGGACAUCCAGCUGGUCACCCGGGAGGUAUCCAACAACAACAACAACAGCAGCAGCAGCAGCAGCAGCAGCAAGGAGUUCCUAAAUCAGAACAGAUUGCGUUCAACGUUGAGCAUAUUUUUAUGGAAAACGGAAAACAGGUGAGAAAGAUGCCUAUUGAUAUAGACGGACAGACUAUCUGGGUUGAGUGUGUGGAGUCCCAGAAAGGUGAUGCUAUUAUGAUGGAAGUGGGAGAUACAGAAGGUUUAGAGAUGCCUCCGAGUACAGGAGGCACUAAGGGUCCUGGUAAAUCAGCUGGAUCCUAUUCUAUGGAUCAGAGAAAAGAGAUAGUUAGACAGGUUGUCGAUGAACAUUAUUCUCCGACAGAUGUUGCUAAAAAAUAUUCUGUUUCACCGCACUCUGUUCGAGAUUGGGUAAAGAAGGCAGGGAAAACUCUUCCCAAAACAUAUAAAAAGUUGGAUCAGGGUGGUGUGAAUCCUUCCUCCCGUCCCACCAAUACCAUGGCGGUAGCUGCAGGAGAACCCCCCACUGUGGAUUCUCCAGAUAAUAUUUCUAGUUCUUCCACAUCAUCCGCCAUUGGGAACUGUGUGGGUGGUGUAGUAGGUCCUGUAGUACCUAAACGAGUCCCUGGCAAGGUAGCUCUCUGUAAACAUUGUGGAAAUAUGUCAGACGAUCACGCCACCUGCUCCAGGUGUAGGCGUAAACUACCAGACGAUGUUAAGGUUGUUGAUGACCCUGCCUUCAGACCUAGACCAGAUUCAACCAAUGAAGAUGCUGCAAAGAAAUCUCUCAGGGCAAUGAGGCUUCCCAACAAAAACAGACGGAAAGGUAAUCCUGAUGAACCGAUGUGUAUAGCCCUGUCUUCAGACGAGGAGGAUAAUGACGAUAAUUCCAACCUGCCUGCAGGAGAGGAGAAUAAGGAGGAGAUUGAUGUUGAGGAGUUUGGAGAUGAGAGUGUUUUCGAAGAUAUUACUACAGGGUGUCCCUCAACUAACUGCUUCUCUCUACCCUGUAGAUCUGUUAGAAUAGGAAACUAUAAGGUUCUACCGAAGGAGAAAAUAGUUCUUAGUCCUCAUGGUAUACAGAUCAAGGUUCCAGGGAUAGUUAAUGCCGAAGAUGUUGUAACAAUUACAAUUCUCAAGUCGGAUUUCAUCAAGGUUCAAGCUCAUUUCGGGAAGCAGAUGCCGCUAUUAUUUCUCUACGUGAAGGAGAGCGCGUGUGCACGAGCACGUAAAGUUUUAAAAAUGACGAGCGCGCAAUCUUUAUUCUUGGACGUUAGCUCUAGUGAUGAGACACAGAAGCGUAUAACAAUUCUUCCAGAGAAAUUAUCCGAUGAAAACAAGUCUACUCUGAAAUCAAUAUUUGGAGACCUAAUUCAGGAUCUGGAGUCUAAGGAUGCCAAUGAGAUAUUGGUGAGGUCCUCCCCGAAGGAGAUGGGAGCCCUGAGAGGGAAGAUGGGUGGGUUCAACCCCAUGACCGGGGAGAAGAAACAGAACCCCGACACCAUGGUCACCAAGUAUUGUCAGUUCCCACCAGAGGGUGCGGGUAAUGUAUCCGUGACUAACGAGGACUACGCUUGCUUGGAGGUUGAGCAGUUCCUUAAUGACGUUAUCAUAGACUUCUACCUCAAGUAA